AUGAACGACAGUCGCGAUGCCUUGCCGAAUCGUGGGGUUUCCCAUGCGGAGGCCAGUGCGAACAGCGAGGGCGUCUACUUGAACACAUCAACAGUGCGAGAUUCCAGGGAACCGGCUCGCGCCGAUCACAUUCAAGUCCCACGAUCCCCUCAGCUUUUAUCCUUACGACUCGAUGGAUUGAAUGCCGGGGUUCACGACAAGAAUAACCACGGUGCCGCCUAUGUUGAACCCUCCGAACGUGGGAGCGACGCCUCCGCAGAUGCUCGACGGCCAGAACCACACUCCGCGAGCACCUUCACAGACUCCCUACCCAGCCUCCCAGCCUCUUUAUCGAACGACUAUGAGCAACCUACCGAGUUGGACAAUCCCCAUUCCUUCGUCGAGAACUCGCAGUCAUCACGAACAGAGCCGAACUCGGAGAAUUCACAGGACUCCUCGCAUACCCUGUCGGUUAAUGGGAGUGGAGUAGAUAUACUUCAUCCGCUGAAAUCGGAACAAAGCACCAAUGGCUCGGUUUCCCCUGUACGAUCUCCCAAAUAUCAUACCUCGCGAUCGGGCAUCGACAAAAAAUUUGCUCCUGGGCAUAAAAGGACAGCAACUGGAGACAUUAAGCCUAUCUCGGCGCAGCUCAUUACACCGCAAUCCUAUGAUUUAAAUGGGGCUUCAAGGCGUCGUUCAAAAAGCACAGGCUCUCCUGCACAUGGGAGCCGUAUCGCACAGUUGUCUGUUCACAUUCGGACGCGAUUGUCCUAUGCGGCAGCCAAGAUAGAAAAAUCUCGACAGUCACAAACCAGUUCUCAGCUCGCACUACGUGGACUAGACAACCUAUCUUCUCUAGACUCGCAAACUAGAAGUGGUUCUGGAUCACCACUGAACUUAAACCCGACAUCUCACCCUCCCAAUAAUUCAACCUCCACGACUCCUCGACCUUUCCUGUCUCAUCACCGCUCUCAGUCGGCGCUUUCGUCACCUGGUAAACUCCUUGCUAUUCCUAAAUUGGCCCCGCCUGUGGACAUCAUAUCUUCAAAUGGAGACACUCAGCGACGACGGCCAAACCCAAAUGAGCCCCUCCAAAAGCCAGUUGGUCGGAGUCCAUACUCUCAUCACAAACGGCAUCAUUCAACCCAGGAAUUGUCCGUGUACAAUUCAAUUAAUGGAUCACCGAGGGUCAUAGGGCCAGGGACACCAUCUAUUCCUCCUUUUUCGCGUGCACCUACAUCCUCUCAAGAGGGAUUUUAUGGAUCCAGAACUCAAUCUCAAAAUACGUCGAUGGAGCAGGAUGCAAUUGAAACGCUCCUGUUCAUGUCUAGUCCCGAAAACUCAGGCUAUCGUUCGAGUCCAAGGCCAUUGCAGCCUCUAGCGACGCAGAGGAUUCUGAACGAAUCAAUAUAUUCCAACCACAAUGGAGUCGGGCCCCAUCCCAGCCAAGGCCCACAAAGCGAUGGGUCGCAGAAUAGUGGGAAUUCGACGAAACACAAAACUCUCGGCUUAGGGCUGGAAGCCAACGCGGGCGAUGAAAUCGAUCGCAUCUUAGACCAGAUGGAAAGCGAUAGCGAGGACGACGCUCGAUAUGCAUCGCACCGUCUUCAUGCCAAAACACAGUUCAGAGGCCACCAGGGACGUUCAGAGUGA